UUAUAACAACUUUAUAUUCAGAAAAGAGUAUUGGUAUUAACUUGUAUAGAUUUUGUUAAAUAUUCUCGUAAUUUAUUUAUGUGUACAUUUUUUUUGUUUACUAACCUUUGACCUCUUCCCAGUAGGGUCAGAGGUUGGCAAUAUGUCCGACUUAGAUAGGCUUAGUGACAAUUGACCCAGUGGGGAUUUAUUGCUAUUUUUAAUAUUAUUGAACAGAAAGUCAGAACAGUAAACCUCCCAACUGCCGGACGAAGAGAGAAUAUUUUAUGCGGCGUACAUGUUUACCAGCCAAGGAAUGAGAAGGGGGAUGAUGCCUUACUGACAAGCUAGCUUUUUCAGCAAUGUGGCAUACCCCUGGAUAUACCCACUAGUUCAGCAACGUCGAGCGUGGUCGGUGGCUGGAUAGAGGGUUGGAUAUAGGCCUGCUUGCAUGUUACAUUUGGUUGAAGGCCAGUUCCCAGUGCCUAGGGAAGAUGCAUCUGUAUAACGGGAGGAUCCAUGGGAUUCCCAAGGCCAAGUCUCAGGAAGGGAAAAACAGCCAAAGUAAAAGACUGGCAAGUUGGAAAGAAAGCAGAUCCGAUGGCUACCAACAAGAAGUUGGCUCUCACCAACAACACUAAACACAAUGAGGUUAUCCUCAAACAAAGAGUAAAAGAGCUGGAAGAUGAAGUAGCAAGUCUGAGGAAGCGACUAGAUGAUUUGCGGAAAGCAAAGAACACAACCGUUCUGAAGAGGGAGAGAGAGAUAUUGGAAGUGGGCACGCCCUUUAGCAAACGAGAGUCAGCAGUGAAGGCAGCCCCUGUCCCAGCUCCACAGAAACUAACAGAUAAUCACGAUGGGGAGAUAGAGGAACUCCGAAAAAAGUUUGCUUCUGAGAUUGAAAUAUUAAAAGAACAGGAAAAAUCUUGUGACCAUGAAAGUGAGAUUGAGGCAUUACAGAGAUAUAUCUAUAGUUUGGAGGCCGACAAUGCAGCAUUGUUGAUAGAAAAUACAGAUCUGAAGGAUCGAGUUACUUCCCUUGUCACAGACCUCAGUAUCAAGGAGGCGAAAUGGUGUGAAAUGGAGGAGAAACUUAAGAUAGAUAUUAACAGGUCAUGGGGUGAAAAGUACAAAGAUUGGAUGGAAAAGACUGAGGCCAAAAUUACAGAACUGCAGCAGACAAAUACAUUAUUACGAGGCUACCUGAAAGGUCACAAGCCAGGAGGUGCGGGCCCAACAGAAAAAGACCCGGGUGUGUGAUUAACGUCACUCUUUGGUGCUUCAACAUCAAUUGUCUAUCAUCACAUUGUUGUAUUGUACUGAUGUGCAGGUGUACAGUAUAACUUCACUAUAGUGAUGUGUACAGUAUAACUUUACUAAAGUGCUGUGUACAGAAUAACUUCACUAUAAUGCUGUGUACAGUAUAACUUCACUAUACUGAUGUGUACAGUAUAACUUCACUAUAGUGCUGUGUACAGUAUAACUUCACUAUAGUAUUGUGUACAGUAUAACUUCACUAUAGUGCUGUGUACAGUAUAGUGCUGUGUACAGUAUAACUUCACUAUACUGAUGUGUACAGUAUAACUUCACUAUAGUGCUGUGUACAGUAUAACUUCACUAUAGUGCUGUGUACAGUAUAACUUCACUAUAGUGCUGUGUACAGUAUAGUGCUGUGUACAGUAUAACUUCACUAUAGUGCUGUGUACAGUAUAACUUCACUAUAGUACUGUGUACAGUAUAACUUCACUAUAGUGCUGUGUACAGUAUAGUGCUGUGUACAGUAUAACUUCACUAUAGUGCUGUGUACAGUAUAACUUCACUAUAGUGCUGUGUACAGUAUAAC